AGUUAACGAGCCAUUGCUAGCUCUGGAGCACAACUAUUGAAUUGUCAAGACAUCCAUAUGUCUUGAAUGAAUGGAGACAAUGCCGUAGUUGCGGUCGAAGGUAUGCUAGCUAGUACCUGCACACUUGCAAAAUGAUUUGUUAAGGAUUUGGUAAAACUGCCCCCACCAAUGUUAAAACCAAACCUAUGCCCUUGAGCUCAGCUAUGACCAGACAGUGAGAAGCACCAUAACUAUCAGUGAAUGUGACAUAUUGGAACUCUUUAGCAGUCCGCGCCAGCCAGAGCCACAUUGCGCACCCACUUCCUGUUCGGCUGACGCUUGUCAGUGGUGCUUGUCUGAAAGCCAGCCCCUAUUAAGUUACCCCACAUCCCCAACCUCUUCCUCCACCCCCAUCCCGUCAUCAAAAGUCAUUCAAGCCCAGCUCCCUGAUGCCACUGAAUACCUUAUUCUUUGAUGCGUUAGUGAAAGUGUAGUAGAGACGAUGUGGGCGAUGGCUGGCACGCUGAUCCUCAAUAUGUUUGCUGUGCUGGUGUGUGGUGAAGUCCAGGUCCUGAACAAGAACAAGGGUGAUUCUGCCGUCCUUCCAUGCGUGCACAAGAACAACGGCGAGAAAGUCGUUGGCCUCGGCCUCUACCGCAAGUGGCUCCAGCCCGGCAAAGUGAUGUAUCUGUCAAACGACAACAAGCCCUACUUCCCCAAUAAUGAGCAGCGCAUCGAUGUGGAGGGAACACCUGAAAGUGGGCAGGUGAUUGUCUCCUUCGCCCAGCUCCGGGGCCAAGACUCGGACAUCUACUACUGCGUGUUCACACUCGAAGGCAUCUUGUACAGGAACGCCACCAGCGAGACGGAGUACUUCCUCCACGUUUCGGACAAGCAUCUCGAUGUCGCAGGCCCUCCGGACGUGGGGCUAAUAAAGGCGUGCGCGGGGGGCUCGGCCACGCUCCCCUGCCUCACCCCGGGUGGAGGGACGGGGCCCAUGGAGGGGGUGAGUCUGAAGAGGCGACGGCAGGGCCAAAACGAGGCGGAGGUGCUGUUCCACUCCAAGCGGCCCCUGGACGUCCGCACUUCCUCCUCGCCGUUCCCCGCGGAGAGGCUCCACCUGGGCACGGUGCCCAGCGGGCUGGCCUACAACCUCACCCUGCUCCACCUGAAGCCCGAAGACAGCGCUCUGUACAGCUGCGAGCUGCUGCUUCCAGACAAGCCCCACCACAGCACCACGCUAGGGAUGCAGGCCUACUUUGUGUCGGUGCAAGAUGGUAACUGCCAGUGUUCAAGCUACACCACCCUGCUGUACACCACCUUUGCAGCCGUUGGCCUGUUACUCCUCAUCGUCCUGUUGGUCUUGUUGAUGGUCUAUCGAGGGAAGGCUCGCCAGCGCGUCAAAGCUCAGCCCCAGAUUGACAUCUAUGAGGAAAUGGUUGGGGUGCGGCCACCCAACAGUAAAAUGGGCCCUUACCACCUGGAGGAAACGGAUGCUUCGCUGUACAGCAACGGUGGUGUGAAGAUGGAGAACCACUACGAGUGAUCCCAGGGGCUGGGGGGGGUUCUACCCAGAGCGAGCGAGUCGUCAGAAGUGAGGUCAGCCCUUCUCGUCAACACCUCUCUCUCUCACUCACACACACACAAUGGAAUCUGGAUUACAACUUCUCACCUCUGUGCUACUGGGAACUGGAGCACCUUAAUGUCAUUAAGAGAUGUGGACAGUGUGCUAUCAUAAGCUUCUAUCUGCUUUCAAAUGUGCACUGCCGUGGCGUUAAUAUUAUUUUACGUGAAGAGAGAAACUGUACAUACCAUGUUAAAUGUAGGUUCAAGUGAGGAUGUGUUUUUGGCUUUGCUUCAGAGUGCAAUAAUAAUUUAACUGCUUUUUAUAUGAACUUUGUCUAUUAAAUUCCACAUUCAAUUGUAAGACAAUUUUUCUUGGAUACAAAUAAAGCUAUAUUUUCAAAAUAAUUCACAGUAGUAAGACACUUCUUAACAGCCAAGAAAAAAUUGCAAUUUAUUAAUAUAGUCCGAAAGAAGCUCCAUAAUUAAUGGAAACAUUUUUUUUCCGGUGUAUGUCAUUAACAAUCACAUUCUAUGAGGAGGAAGAAAAGAACAACAUUUAAAAGCCACAACUUUGUAUCUCAGUUACAGACAUUUUCCUUAAAAUUUUUAAAAUGAAAAGGCAGAAGGCAAAGUACCCCCGUCCCCUCCCCCCCCCUCCCCCUCCACCCCCCCCUCCUCCCCUUUAAAAAACGGACAGCCUUAGAAGUCAUGGGCUUGUUUUCAGUAGAACCCACAGUGCUUUAGCAGAAGGAUAAGCGCUCAUUGGUUAAGGAUUACACAGCAUGGCGAAUGCAAUGCAAAGUUUUGCCAUAAAGUCAGAUGAUGAUAAUGAUAAUUGAUGAGGAGGGAGAGGGGGGAGAAAAGGAACGUUGCGAAUGCGAGCUCGACAAAAAACAAAAAAAACAAACGGAACACAGGUCAAACCCUGAACACCAGAGUACGGCUCGUGGAGGCCCUGGAGAACGUCAGGCUCCCCCCCCCUCCCUCCUACUUGUGCAUAGAUCAUGAUCCUUUUCAAACCAGCUUCCCUCCACUUCAGUCUGUCG